AUGCCCGUACAUUUGGAAUCUAGGCUAAAGAAUCACGAGGGCAUAAGUAAAUUACAUGUUUCUGGCCUAGUAUAUCUCGAGAAUUUGGCUGCACAAUACAACAAUUUUGAUAGUGUGAUAGUCCAAGCCCCAAAUCUUCGAUGCUUUACAUAUGCAGAACACGAGGACAAUUUUCAUCCUCGUGAAAAUAUUGUUUUGGAUGAGAUUCAGAGUGAAGAACUAAAGAAGUUUGCCUUAUUAAAGUUGAAGAAUAUGGAAAAAUUCACGAUUCAAGCUCCAAAUAUAUUGGAAUUUGAUUUUGUGGGUGAUAAAAUGUCAUUCUCAUCUAUGGAUCCUUCUUCCCUGGAAACAGCCCAACUCGUUUUCUCCUCGCCGAGCUCAAACUUUGGAUCAGUGGAUAGCACUAUUCCAACGACAAAAUUCUUGCAGACAAAGAGCAUCCUUAUUUAUGAAAAUCCAAGAGAAAUUCUUAUUCCACCAAAUCAUGAUGUCGUAAUAUUCGUUGCACCCAUACUGCGUGUUGAAUCGAUCAUUAGAAACUUAAUGACCUACUGUCCCAGUAUCAUUUCUAUACUUCCAUGUACAAAUAGCAAAGUACUCCAGGUGUUCUCUGUACUACAAGGGUGUGCACAGAAUCAGAAUUGCGGUAAAGAAUGUCCAUUCAAUACUGAGCUUUUCCACAAGGAUCGUAUAUUAAAAGAAGUCAUCAGUUGUACAGGGACAACUGAGGGGAUGGACUCCAUUUGGUAUUCCUGGUUGAAAUCCACGUCUUUAAUCAACCAAAUGACUAUUUUCAUGUUCAAAUGGAAAUUAGAAGCUUAG